GUCAGAUUGUUUAAUUCGACGUUCCAGAAACGAGCAUGACGUCCGCUGAAUUAAGAAAGAUACACAAGCCGCUUAUCGAAAAGAAAAGACGGGAGAGGAUCAACUCGUCCUUAGAACAGUUAAAGAUGAUAGUGCUGGAAUCAUUGCAAAAAGAUCCCUCUCAGUAUUCGAAAUUGGAAAAGGCCGAUAUCUUAGAAAUGACAGUCAAGUAUUUAAGGAGCGUUCAUACUCAAAGAAAUUUAACCGGAACGCCGACAUCAGCAACAAGUUGGAGGGACGGCGAUGCAGUUAGUAAAUAUAGGGCAGGAUUUGCUGAAUGCCUACAAGAGGUCAACCACUGCCUCACAUCCAUAAAGGGUUUGACGUCCGAAUCGCACGCGCAGCUAAUGGCCCAUCUGGCCAACUGCCUUCGCCAGACGGAACGGCUCACCCCCUGCUAUUCGGGCGUUAUCACCCCGCCCGUUGAGUCUCCCCGACCAGCACCUUACUUCGUCCCUAUACAACCAGCAAAUCGUACCUCGGAAUCCGAAGUUAUACCCAAAAGGCCCACAGUCACAAAGAGACGAAGAUCCAGACCUGCCUCACUUCCGGAAAUCCCAAAUGAAUCCUCCCCCCAGGCACUAAGAAGGCAAUCGGCCAGUGUUCAACCAUCCUGCUGGAGGCCUUGGUAGUAUUACAGACUUUUAUGCAUAGAGAAGAAAAGAAAAUACCCCUACCUGUAAAUUGGUGACGUAAGACCAGGUGCGGCAGGUAGUAUGCAAUAAGACCGAGGGACCGUUUCUUACGUAAGACUGCAUGUGUACUGUAUAUAUACUGUCUGUUGAGGCGGGAUAUUUUUGUAUGUAUAAGUGUGUUGUAUAUAUGUACGUUUAUACUCCAAACACACUCUUACCAAUGCUUAAUUAACUCUUUGUUUUGUUUUUAUUAAAUUGAAAAGAGUAAUUAGCGAACGUUUUCGCGCGACUUUUUUUUAUAUUUGUUUACUCGUUAGACGCUGCAAUUGACUUGCCAGCGAAGGUAAAAUGCCAGCCAGACGUGUUCACCAAACGAUAAAUGUUUUUAUGAGCGUCAUCUAUCGGA